AUGCAUCUCAUCAACGUUCAUACCCGGUUACUGGAGGAAUUUCAUGCCGACAAACCGAAGUAUGCCAUCUUAUCACAUACUUGGGGGCCAGACAAAGAGGAGAUAUCUUUCCGCGAAAUCAAGCAAGGCGACACAGACAAGCCGGGAAUCGGAACGAUCAAGCUUGAAGGUUGCCUGCGACAAGCAAAAACCGAUGGACUCGACUAUGUCUGGAUUGAUACUUGCUGUAUCGACAAGACCAAUGCCAACGAGUUGGGCGAGGCGAUCAAUUCCAUGUUCCGCUGGUACCAGGAAGCACAGACAUGUUAUACGUUCCUCCAAGAUGUACCCUCGAAGGACAAUCCCAAGUGGAAAUCCAAGUUUCGAAAAAGUCGUUGGUUCACGAGAGGAUGGACCUUGCAAGAGCUGCUAGCCCCGAGCGAGCUCAUGUUCUACAGUAGCGACUGGCAAGCUUUGGGUACAAAGCUGCAACUGUCCGAAGUCGUAGGAGACAUAACAGGUAUCCCGGCACGGUUUUUACUGGGUGCUUCCAACCUACGCGAAGCAAGUGUGGCACAACGCAUGUCUUGGGCUUCGAAUCGAGAGACCAAGAGGGUAGAAGACAUUGCGUAUUCGCUUCUGGGUAUCUUCAACGUUGUCAUGUCACUUAUUUAUGGAGAAGGCGAUGGUGCUUUCAUCCGGCUUCAAGAUACGAUAAUCAAUGCCACCACAGACGACUCAAUCUUGGCAUGGGGCUUAAGGCCGCAAAUCACUGUGGCAGAUUCAAAAAAUCGCCCAAGGGAUUUUGUUGGGGGCGUUCUAGCCUCUUCUCCUGCAGCAUUUGCAGGCUGUGGGAAGGUUGCAUCCAGGGAAAACCGCACUCCGACGAUAGAGGGGAAUAUCUUACGCGGCUACCUUAAACUACGAAUCCCACUUCACUCUGAUCGUUCCGGGGUCACAUAUGGCCUUCUCAGCUGUCGAUACGACAAUGAUGGCAGGGAGAAAGUAGUAGGGAUUCCUCUUUCCCGCAUUGCGCCUGGAGAGUCAGGUGGCGAGUACGUCAGACCAAAGAACAGCAAGACAACAAUGUUGCCAGACGUGGCGUGUGAUACACCAGCAUCAUCCAUACAUGCUUUGGCGUCGAUUAGUCCCGAAGAAACUCGGGUGAAAGACUGUCGCUAUGGGUUCUCAGUCGAAAACGCACUUGCCGAAGGCCUUGAGUUGAUCGAUGUCUGGCCGACUGAUUGUUGGGACAAGGAUAAUGCUUUCCUCUAUACCGGCAUGGACUUCCACAAGGAAUCGACUCAGCGAACAUGGGCCAGGUUUCGACAUGCUCAUUCUGAAAAUGAUUCAAACGACUUUAUACUUGCCCUAGAGCUCACAUCGACGAAGACUCAUUCAGCUGCAAAGUGUCACGCCAUGAUCGCAUCAAGAGGGACGACCCUGAAGAAGAUUGCAUAUGCUCCACUCGUGGAAGAAUACACCUUUGGGAACGGAAGCGCCUACAACGGGACCAUGAGUAUCCAAGCUAAAGUCUCUAGACAGCGACAUGGGGCAGGUGUACAUCCGGUUUAUGCCGUGAGUGUGGUUCCACAGAGCAGCCAGCCCAAGUCCACUAUCAAUUUGACGUCUGAGAUUGAGCUUCUCGAUCACAGCGUAAACGUGCAGAGCAUCUUCCGGGAAAGUCAAGAUAUAACGCCAAAGCUUAACAAGUCGAUUAGUUCCUUAGAGACCGAGGCAACAGCUCUUGACUCCGCAAAAGCACGACUCAGGGAUGUACAGCGGCAGCUCGAUCAGCUAGAGGCAGAGAAGAGAGAUCUCGUGCAAAAAAAGGAAAAAUCCGAAAAAAGGCUCGAGUCGUCCUCCCGAGACAAGGAAAAGUACGUUUCAAUGGAGAAGAAACUCCUUCAGACGCUUUCCACGGCGCAAAUAAUACACUCGGCCAGCGGAGAGAAGAGGGCGUCGAAGUGGAAAGACUCUGUUGUGUCCUAUCUGUCCGAAGACCUUUUCAAAGCCAAGAAAAAGCAAAACGAAGCAAUCCAAUCCAUGGAGGACGUAUUGCAGAGGACGUUUUUACAAGCAGUCGUCAAAGGAAACAUUGCCGCGAUGCAGUUUCUGAAAGAUUCUCUUCCAAGCCUCGACUUCAAUGAUUCUAAAGGACGCAGUGUUCUAGCCUGGGCGAUUAUCAAAAAGAACCUGUCAGUUGUGACUUGGCUGAUAGAAAACGGCGCCAGCGUCGACGCAAAGGAUGGCUACAUGAGGACACCUCUAAAUCGGGCUUGUUCGGAGAACUUCUUACCAGCUGUCCGGCUGUUACUUCAUCGGGGCGCGCAUACAGAAGACACGGACCAGGAUGGUCGGAGGCCUUUACACGUUGCCAUCCGCAAAAAUAAUGUUUUGCUCGCGCAGUGGCUGUUGGAUCGAGGAGCAGAUAUCGAAGCCAAAACGGAAAAUGACGAAACGCCCCUGGAGCUUGCGGUCUCGGCGAAUUCUAUUGCAUUAUUAAAUCUGCUCCUCGAUCGAGGCGCAGAUCUCGAAGCACCGGGUUCGUAUGGGGCGACUGCUCUGUGUAAAGCUGCCAAGUACGAUGAUAGCCAUGACAGUGCUGUCCUGCGUGUCUUGAUUGAUCGUGGAGCCAAUAUCAAAGCACGGAGCAAAGAUAAGAAAUGGACGCCAUUGCAUUAUGCAGCAGCAUAUGGGUGUACUGAGGCUGUGGAGUUGCUACUCAGGGAAGGAGCAGACACCACGGCCAAGAGCUCGUCAAGUGUUACUCCGUUGAUGAGUGCAGCCGAAAACAGAAGGAACUCUGGGCCUCUCCGCUCGUUGAUAGAUCACGGCUCGAGUAACGAAGUGGUUGAGAGCAUAGGGGAAGAAUUGCUAGCCUCAGCGGCACGGUAUGGAUGUGCCGAGUCUGUCAAGUUGCUGCUUAAUCGGGGGGUUUUUAUCGACUCUAAAGACGAAGAUGGAUGCACACCUCUAGCAAACGCGGCUGAGGAGGGCAACAAGAAGACGGCCGAAGCACUGAUUAAACAAAAAGCCAAAGUAGACUGCAAGGACGCAAACGGACUGACUGCCCUCUCUUUAGCGGCGCAGGCUGGGCACGUAAGCCUGGUCAAGUUGCUUGUAGAGGGUGGUGCUAGGAUUGAUCGGAAAGACGAGACGGAUGGCCGCACUGCACUACAUUGGGCCGUUCUAAAAGACCGAAAGGCUGUCAUUGAGGAGCUCCUGGAGAGAGGGGCCAACAUCGAGGCGAGUUCAAAGACUGGACACACUGCAAUUUACUACGCCAUCCGCAACGGCUUCGAGGCGUCUUUCAAGCUUCUCCUUGAGAAAGGCGCAAGUCUCACCGUGGAAGGCCCCCAUGGGAAGACCCCCCUGGCGUAUGCCCGGGAUGUGGCUCAGAAGCAUAAGAAGAUUGGGAGUUCACCGGCAAUGAAGGAAAUCAUCAAGUGUCUAGAGAAGCAAACCUCGGAAAAGGACAAAGCCAGAAUUGUGGAGGCAUGA